AUAAAUAAGUCACACACAGAACAAGCUGCACACACAUAUCUGUCUAGACAAAACUCAACGGACGGCAAAAAUGUGGAGUCUUCUGCUCUUGCUUGUUACUGUCACCAGUCUGCCGGCCUCAUCGCAAGGAAAAUGCUGUGGUGACAUCCUGCGGGAGGCGACGGAACAAGUGGACCAGUCCAGCGGCUACAGAGUCCCCGACGGCUGGACCCUGUGCUACAUCGACGCGAGAGACGCCGCGUACCACGACACUCCGUGUGUAAACCUGCUGCAGGGGAUCCCGGGGUACGGGGACGCUCAAGGCCUCCUGGCAGCCGGCGGGAACUUCGGCUGCUGGCAUGGCAACACCGGCGGUUCCCCUGGACCUGCCUUUGCAUCCAAUAGCGUGAUUGAGAACAGCUGCCGAGCCAACACCCAACACUCGACCCUGCUGUCGGCCUGGGCCACGAGUACAACAACACUGGGGGUCUGUAUAAAUGGCAUCACCUGUGAUGACGACGAGUGCAUCAGCGCCCCCUGUCAGAAUGGAGCUACAUGCCAGGACGGGUUGGACAGCUUCACCUGUCUGUGUGCACCCGGAUAUAACGGAACUCUCUGUGAAACAGAGAUUGACGAGUGCAGCAGCUCCCCCUGUCAGAAUGGCGCCACAUGCCAGGACGGAGUGAACAGCUUCACCUGUCAGUGUGCACCUGGUUACGCCGGAACUCUCUGUGAAACGGAUAUCGACGAGUGUGCGAGCAGUCCGUGUUUAGGAGGAGGAACAUGCGUGGAUCACGUGAACAGCUACAGCUGUGUCUGUCCUAAAGGUCACGUGGGAGACAGGUGUGAAACAGUUGCGUACGCGGACGGGUGCCUGCUGUUCUCCUCCGAUGCCGUCUCCUACCCCGAAGCGAGCCAGGAGUGCCAGAACAGGGGAGGGCACCUGGUGGAUGUGAAGGAUGUCGGGCUGCAGCGUCUCAUCGCUGAUAGCAUCCCUACCGGAAGUGACGUGUCUCCAUGGAUCGGUCUUAAGAUGUCGCCAGGAAUAAUGACGUAUGCCGACGGGUCAAGUGCCUCAGGUGACCUGCAGUGGUCCUCCGGUGGCCCCGCCGCCUCCUGUGAGUUGUGUGCGUUCCUGGACAGCACGGACGGCUACCUGGCGCAAACUGGCUCCUGUUCGGAACGAAAACAGUACGUGUGCAGGUCGGACCCAGAGCCAUGUGCGCAUGCUCAGGACAUCUGCUUUAACAACGGCGCAUGCACGACCUGCUUCAACGGCUCUUACACCUACUGCACCUGCCCCCUCGGGUAUGAGGGAGUCCUCUGCAAUAUGGAUAUUGACGAGUGCGCCUCCAAUCCUUGUCAAAACGGCGCCACCUGUCUCCAUGGCCACAACAACUAUUACUGCCAUUGCUCAUUUGGAUACGAAGGACAUAACUGCCAAGGAGACAUAGACCUGUGUGCAGAAGUUUCCUGUCCGUUUGAUUGGAAGUGUGAGGACCAAGGCGACCAUUUCAUCUGCCUGGCCGGGACCACCAGGAUGGCUGAACCCUACUCGUGCAGCAGCGCCUCCUGCCCGAACGGCCUGUACUGCAAGGAGGAGGGGCCGGCAUCUUUCUCCUGCAGAGCCGGGUAGAUUCCAGAUUCGCCCUUCAACACCGACGAGACGAAGCUGAAGUGAAAGACACUCAGCACGUUUCUCAA